AUGAAGGCUGCUGUGGGCCCUGGAUCCGACGAGGAGAAGGAGCCUGAGGUCAAGAACGAGGUGUUCUUGAACUCCAAGGCUGCCUACGGUUACGCCUCUGGAUCUAACAUCGGUCCUGAAGGUCAGAACCCUGCAGAUGCUAUUGCCAUUACCGGAAAUCUUCUUUCUCCACCCAACUCCCGCGACGUCCAGAUUGAAAAGCUAACUCUUCAAGCUUUCGGUAAGACUCUUAUCAAGGAAUCCAACUUCAACAUUCUUAACGGUCGUCGUUACGGUGUCAUUGCUCCUAACGGAUCCGGUAAGUCUACUCUUAUGCACGCCAUUGCUUGUGGUUUGCUCCCAGUUCCUCCUGCUUUGGACUUCUACCUCUUGGACCGCGAGUUCGGUCCUACGGACUUGACCUCCCUUGAGGCUGUCUUGGACAUCAACGAGCGUGAGCGGAAGCAUUUGGAGGAGGAGAUGGAUGAUCUCCUCGACGACCCUGACAAGAACGCCGUUCGCCUUGACUGGAUCCAGACCCGAUUGACUGAACUUGAGAUUGACGGCUCUGACCGUCAGGCCAAAGCCAUCUUGACUGGUUUGGGCUUCAGCGAGGAGCGCAUGAACACCAAGACCAAGGAUCUUUCUGGUGGUUGGCGUAUGCGUAUUUCCCUUGCCCGUAUCUUGUUCGUCAAGCCUACUCUCAUGAUGCUUGAUGAGCCUACCAACCACUUGGACUUGGAAGCUGUCGCAUGGCUUGAGGAGUACUUGCUCCACGAAAUCGAGGGUCACACGCUCAUGAUCAUUUCUCACUCUAUGGACACCCUCAACGAAGUCUGUACUGACAUCAUCCACCUUUACCACCAGCAUCUCGACUUCUACAACGGCAAUUACGACACUUUCGUCCGUGUCCGUGAGGAGAAGACUGCUCAACUUACCAAGCGUUCCAACACUAAGGAGAAGGAGAUGGCUAAGCUCCAGCAAAAGCUUAACAAGACUGGUUCCAAGGAGCAGCAGCAAGCGAAGUCCAAGGUUAAGGCUAUGGAGAAGAAGUUUGAGAAGGACAAGGCCAAGGAUGCUACUCUCGAGGAGGAGCUUAUCCAAGACAGGGAGCUCAAUCUCAAAUUCACUCCUUGUGGUGGUGGUAUUCCCGCCCCUGCUAUCAAGUUCCGUGAGGUCGACUUUGCGUACCCUGACCAGCCUAUCCUUCUUCACGACAUGAACUUCGGUCUUGAUCUUUCCUCCCGCGUGGCUCUUGUCGGACCUAACGGUGCUGGAAAGACUACUCUCAUCAAGCUUAUCCUUGGUAAGCUCGAGGCCACCACUGGUACCAUCUCCAAGCACCACCAUCUACGACUCGCACACUUCCACCAGCAUAUGGGUGACCAGCUCAAUUUGGAUAUGUCCGCUGUCGACUGGCUGCGUAUCGAGUACGGUGAGCGUGGUGUUGGUGAUAUGAGAAAAUGGGUUGGUAAGUUCGGAUUGACUGGUAAGAGUCAGGUUGUGCCGAUGAAGCAGUUGUCUGAUGGUCAGAGACGACGAGUGCUGUUCGCAUACCUUGGUUUGAAGAACCCUCAUAUGAUCUUGUUUGACGAACCUACCAACGCCCUUGACCUGGACACUAUUGAUGCCCUCGCUGAGGCCAUUAACGAGUUCGACGGUGGUGUUGUUAUCAUUUCUCACGACUUCCGUUUGAUUGAGCAGGUCGCUGAGGAAGUUUGGAUUGUGGACAAGGGUAAGGUUGAGGAGUUUGACGGUGACAUUCGUGAUUACAAGAACAUGCUCAAGCAGCACAUCAGGAAGGAGCGUGAGGAGCGUCUCCUGGAGCAGGAGAAGUGA